UUUCAUUUUUUGGUUUUGAUGUUUCCAAUUAGGAAUUUAAGUGGAAGAGACAAAGAAACCAUGCCACCAGCAGCAUCGGAGAAAAAAACUGAAACCACCAAGCAAUGAGAAUUCAGUCCAGAGAAUCUGAGGAGAAGAAAAAGCAAACUGGCAAACAGAGAUCAGUCAGGAAAUAAUUCCAGUAGAAAGGAAUACAAAAAAUUUGGUGUUUGUAACAUUUUCACAGCAGCAUCACCAAAGAAAUUGUGUUCUGGAAUUUCCAUCAGGGAGUGACGAGCACUACGAUUAAGAUCCAAACAACAUCGUCAGUGCUGCAGCUUCUCCAAGGAACAUCUUCCCUUUCCACAGGGUGAUCAGCAUCAAGAGAGACAGAAAACUCCCAAGCAACAUCCUGAUGGGAAUAACCGUCCAAAACAUCACAGGAAGCACAGCAAUGGUAAUUUGGCCAAAAAUGGCCGGUUGUGUUGACAGCUUUUACAGCAUCAUGUACCACCCUAACUGGAACAGCAUGCUAUCCAGCUACUCCAGAAAGAGCUUUCAGAAGGAAGAGAGGGUGCCCACCACUCGCUCCUCCUUUGUUGUUGAAAACCUGACUCCCCUCACAACGUACAUCAUGUGUGUGACCUGCCAGUCCGCAAACCCCUCCAGCGACCAGUGCAGAGUUUUUAACACGCUGGAACGAGACCCAGCCUCGGCGAGCAACACCAAGAAAGAGCUGGCACUGGGCAUCUGGCUGACCAGCAGCGUCCUGCUCCUCAUCAUCGCUGCAGUCCUGCUCUACGGCUGCCUGCACCUCCUGUGCCGCAGGAGAGGCGAGCGCCUGCGAGAGCGGGACGGGACCUCCAAACAACAGCAGGAGCAGCCAUGGACCAAAAACGCGGCGUACAUCUCAGAUGAGGCCAGCGGGCAGAGCCAGCAGACACAGGAUGCUGAGGAAAAGCACCCAGGUAGCAUCCAGCUGGCCACAAUCAUAGAGAAUCCCGCAGUGCGCAAUGAGCCCAUCACAUCAUCUUCUAAAAGUCAGGAACGAGUCCCAGUAACAGGACAGCACUCAGCUAUAAAUUAGAAACGUUUCAUCCAGGAGAAGGUUUUUGCUCCAUAAGGUACCUGAGCUACUGCAAACACAUCACAUGCACUGUUGGUGCUCACAACGGGGAGCUCUGACUGCUGGCCACAGCACUCCUGGCUGUACUUCACACUCCUUUCCAACCGCUUGUAUGCAAAGGUUCCCAAAGUAUGGAAAGUGUCCUAGAAGUGAGCACUUCAGCCACCUUCCAUUAUUUAAAAAUGAAGCAUGUAGUAAGUAAUUGGUUUACAUUUCAAGGGAAUGUUUUCAUUGCUUUACUUUAGUCUAAAACAGCAAACAAAUAUAAAAAGUAAUCAAAACUGACCAAAAUAAUUUUUGUUAACUAGCAUG